AUGCUGUCGCCGAGUCUGUACGAGGUCGUUCAGCCCCGUCCGUCCCACUCACAUCACACCAUAAGAUAUAUCAAGAGCAAGGAAUUACCACAGAGAGGCGAGAAUAACGGCAAUGAAAAGAACAACAGAUUAACCAACUCCGUCCCUACCACAGACCUCAUAACGACAUACCACGAGCUCAACGCCACGCACAUCGACACGCUAACCACGGAGCCAUCACCACUCGAAUUCCUGCGCUACGUCGCGCGGAACCGGCCGUUCGUAGUGCGGGGCGGGGCAGCCGACUGGCCCGCCGUGCGCAAAUGGGACGCCGCGUACCUGAGCUCGGUGAUGGGCAGCGCGGCGGUCAACGUGGCCAUGACGCCGGCAGGCAACGCCGACGCGCUGGUCCGCGACCCGGUGGGCAGCGGCGAGCUGCUCUUCGUCAAGCCCUUCGAGACGCGCGAGCCCUUUGCCGACGUCUUGCGGCGCAUUGCUGAGCAGGAGCUGCACGGGACAGAUCCGGACGUGGUGCGCUAUGCGCAGACGCAAAACGACAACCUGCGCAACGAGUACCUCGCGCUAGCAGAGGACGUGCCGGCGUCGGUGCCGUUCGCGCGGAUAGCGCUGGCGCAGCCCCAAGGCCCCGACGCCGUGAACUUCUGGCUCGGAAACGCGCGCUCGACAACCGCGCUGCACCGCGACAACUACGAGAACGUGUACGUGCAGGUGUGCGGGCGCAAGCACUUUGCGCUGCUGCCGGCGCUGGCGGCCGCGGCCGUGGCCGAGCGCGAGGCUAUCGCCGCGACGUAUGUGCCUGAGGACGGGAGUGAAGUCAAAAAACUAGUCCCCCAGCGCGACGACCCACCCGCAAAAGUCCUAUGGCCGACCCUCGACCCCGAUAGCCCCUCCUACAGCAGCGCGAACGCGUUCGCGGAGUGCGCGCCAGCCAUGCACGUCACGCUGGAGCCGGGGGACAUGUUGUAUUUGCCUGCGUUAUGGUACCACAAAGUGUCCCAAUCGACCUCCGACGAAGGCAUCUGCUGCGCCGUCAACUACUGGUACGACAUGGAUUUCAGCGGGCCGCUGUGGGCGCUCGCGACGUUUGCGCGGGACGUGGGGCGGCAGGUUGGCGGUGGCGGUGGUGGUGCUGCUGCGGGGGGGACUGCGGGGGCAGAGACGAGGGCGUAG